AAGUGUAAACAUAUUUAUUUUUUUACAUGCUUUGUCAUCAAUGCUUACGUUGAUAAAGAUGUAAUUAACCCAUGCAAUGUUCCUUACAUUUGCAUAUAUGGACCUGAUAUAUCUUACGUUUAUGUAUAUCUUUGAUGAUCUAGUCAAGAGCCUAAUUGGCAACAUAUACUGUAUAUCAUUGGGUAGUACUGAUUCAUCCAUCAACUUCCAUGUAGCCACGCUAGCCAGCACAGGAGCAGUCACUUGAACAGAGUCACUUGAACAUGGCGGAAGUUGGGCAGCUCGAAUCAGAGCAGGACAUUGAGAAGAAAAUUGAGGAGACAAGACAGAAGUUCAAGAAUGAGUACGUCCAAGAAUCUGACAAAUAUGACUCCAGAGAUGUGGACAGGAUACAGAAGGAUGACGCUCUGGUGGAGGCAUACCUGACAUGGCGACAAUACUCAGUGGACGAUGCCUUGAAGAUGAUUGACGACAGUUUCCUGUGGAGGAAAGAAUUUGGUUUGAAUGACCUCACUGAGAGCAGCAUUCCAAAGUGGAUGUUUGAGACGGGGGCUGUCUUCCUCCACGGCUACGACAAGGAAGGCAACAAGCUCUUCUGGUUCAAAGUCAAGCUACAUACCAAGGAUGCAAAGACCAUUAUGGACAAGAAGAAGUAUGUUGCCUUCUGGCUGGAGCGCUAUGCUAAGAGAGAGCCAGGGAUGCCACUCACUGUUGUGUUCGACAUGGCCGAUUCAGGGAUCAGCAAUAUCGACAUGGAUUUUGUGAAGUAUAUCAUUAAUUGCUUCAAAGUGUAUUAUCCAAAGUUUCUAUCCAAAAUGAUAAUUGUUGACAUGCCAUGGAUCAUGAAUGCUGCAUGGAAGAUUGUGAAGACAUGGUUGGGUCCAGAAGCCAUCAGCAAGCUCAAGUUUGCAUCCAAAAACGAGAUCCAGACAUUUAUUGACCCCGAGUACCUGCCUUUUCACAUGAAUGGAACGGACCCCUUCAAAUACAGCUAUCCCCCCCUUCCUGACGAUGACUUCCAAACACCCAUCUGUGAGAAUGGACCAAUCAUCAGCGAGGAUGACAACGAGAGCAAGGAGGGUGAAUCAGAGGGCAAGGAGUUGGAGUCAAGCUUUAGCUCCGAGGUCGCUGUCAAACCCAAAAAGGUGUAUUUCUCUGAGGAGAGUCAGAGCAGUCUGAAGCUGGAUGACAAUGACAAAGGAGACUGUCGGACGAAGGGAGCCAGGAAGCCACUGACCACAUUCAAGGGCCCUCUUCUACACGUCAGUCCAGCAGAGGAGCUGAGCUUUGGCACCAAAGAGUCGGAGAGGAAGUGUCUUAUCAUCCUCGAUAAUAUUUCCAAGAAUCAAGUGGCCUUCAAGGUACGAACCACAGCACCUGAGAAGUACAGAGUGAAGCCCAGCAACAGCAGCUGUGAACCGGGAGCGUCUGUGGAUAUAGUGGUGUCUUUACAUGGCGGCUACCAGGCGUCUCUGCAGGACCGCUUCCUGGUCAUGGCUGCUGAGAUGGAGCAGAACGCUGGUACUGGAUCACCAGAGCUCGCUCAGUUCUGGAAGGACGUGCCCAAAACCAAGAUCAUGGAUCACAGAUUACGAUGUCACGUCCUGGAGAGCACUAAGCCCAUUCUGAGCUAUCCGAGUGGCUGUAACAACCCCGUGGAAGGAGGAGCCAAUGGCCACCCAGACCUGCACACAACGCUGAUGCGUGUGAUGGUGUGUAAUGCCCGGCUGGAGCAGAAGCUGGACCAGUGUCUGUGGGUCCAGCAGGUCCUGAUUGGUCUGGUGCUGGUCGUCAUGAUGUUCAGCUUCCUGACUCUCUACCACCUUCCUGGGGCUUCCUGACUUGACUCAACCUUGUCUACAGCAGCUUAAAGCUAAACCAACAGACAGGGCUGGUAUUGGACUCUGUGAUAAAAAAAAAAAACGAAGGCAGACUCUCAUCUCUACAAGGUCUGUCAUCAUGGAGAUGAAGGGAUGCUCUAUUAUGUAGCAGUGAACUAGGGACAUGUGAACUUGUGGAGUUGUCAGUCAGUUUCCCAGAGAGAUUCGUCAUAGCCUCCUUGGCGUUGUGAGAGGUACCGUAGCUAAAGACUCUCGACACCGUGAAAUGAAAUCAAUAAUGUAUUUUUUAUUACUAAUCAUGAAAUUAUAUAUGAAGUCUAUUUAUUUCAAUAUGUAACAUGUAAUGUAUUCAUUAUUCAAUAUGUAAUAUGUCACAUGAUGAAGAAGAUUUUGUUAAUUUUUCUGUUCCUAAUGUACAUUUCAAUUUAAAUAUAUACAGUAUAAACAUAUCCGGUCAAGAAUAAACGUGCACUUUUUGUUUAAACCAA